CCGCCAGCCAUGCCCCGGGGCGGGGAUCGCCCACACACGCUUCGUGCGGCAUGUCUCGUGGUCUGACGGUGCUUGCGCGGCGCUCGCGGGGCGGGGAAGAUGGCGGAGCUGGAGCUGGGGCAGCACUGCGGGGUGCCGGAGUGCCGGCAGCUCGAUUUUCUCCCCUUUGUAUGUGAUGGCUGUUCAGGUGUCUUUUGCCUUCAGCACAGGAGCCGGGAUGCUCAUGGGUGUUCUGAGGUGAAUAUAAGAAACAGUUCUGUGAAAACAGAUCAGCACAGAUCUUACCCAUGCUCAUACAAGGGCUGCAAUGGAAAAGAACUUUUGCCAGUUUUAUGUCCCUGCUGUGAGAAACAUUUUUGCCUAAGACACCGCCAUCAAUCAGACCAUGAAUGUGAGAAACUGGAGACGCCACAACCUCGGAUGGUUGCCACCCAGCAGCUAGUUAAACAUAUUAUAGAUUCUAAAAAAAGUGAAGAAGCAAAAAGCAAAAAACUUAAAGGAGCAAAAAACAGUGAGACAGCAGCAAAAGUGGCAUUAAUGAAACUGAAAAUGCAUGCAUGUGGGGACAAGUCCUUGCCUCAGACAGAAAGAAUUUACUUUCAAGUAUAUUUACCAAAAGGCAACAAAGAGAAAAGCAAGCCCAUGUUCUUUUGCAGUAAGUGGAGUAUUGGCAAAGUAGUAGAUUCUGCAGCUUCCUUAGCAAGCCUUAAAAAUAACAACAACAAAUCAACAGCCCAGAAAUUGAGACUAUGCCAUACUGCCUCCGGACAAGCCUUGCCAUUUGAGCACACAUUGGAAACAUGGCUAUCUGAUAAAGAAUAUCCAUUGUACAAUGGUGGAAAUAUAAUUUUGGAGUAUCUUGAUAAUGAUGCUCUAUUUAUAGAAGAUACAGGGUCAUACUUUAGUUAAUCAGUAAAUUACCACAAAAGAAAAAAGAUAUUUUUAGAAGUGUGGUAUUCAAACCAAAUCCAGUUUUCUUUUAAAAUCAUUGGUAUGCCACAAUCUGUCCUCAGUUGUAAAAACAGAGUUCACAUCAAUUUCUCAGUUGCAUGACUGACAGAAGAAUUAUGUUCUGAAAGGAAAAUUAGUUACUAUAAUAACUAAUAUUACAGGUAUUCACUUUCUGGAAUAAAUUAUUGCUUUGUUUAGCUGUAUAAUGUCAAUGUUUUCUUCAAUAUGUUUUGUAAAUGAUAGGAAAAGUAUGUAUUAAAAUAAAAUGUACAUUUGCAGUGUUUCAGUUCUCUGAAGAAACACUUUACACUAUUACAAAAUCUCUUUUACAUCUCCAAGAACAAUUGUCUUCUGUCAUUGUGUGAUUAGGUGGGAGCUAAAACAAGAACUUAGUUAUCAUUUUUUAAUUCUUGUGUAAAAGAGGAAGAAAUAUAAGAGAGGAAGAAAUACAGUUUAACUAGAAGUAUAACAUUAAAUGGUUUUCUGUUUCAUCCUGGCA